UGUCGUUGUCCGUUUGUUUUUAUCGUUGCUAGUUCUUUUAUGUGACAACCUCUCCAUGUGUCUGUCCUCCCCCGUCACUUUGCAGCUCCCUACCCUACCCUGCUUGCGCGCCCAAAUCUACAAAGCGUUCACUCCUGUUGCUUGAGAGCCUGGGUCGAGUUCUUGAUUAGAAAGCAAGAUGGCUGACAAGCUAGGCUAAAGGCGUCUGUUACCAGCAAGUUCAGGUGUAGACGAAAUGUACCCUCUCCUGGUUCAGAAACUUGGUUGUUCUUCUUUGAGAAGUUAUUUAGUUUGUUUAACUCCAAGGAAUUUCAUCGCGUACAGGAGUAACAGACUAACAGUUCUUAGGGAACAUCAAAUCUCAAAAAUCAUCACAAAAAGUGCUUCAAAAUAUACUGCAGAGGCAUUCAGAUGGAGAACUUUGCAUGUCUGGAAAUUAUUAGAACAGAGAUCAAAUUCUUAUGCCCAUCCCUGGUAUCUUCUCAAGUAUACUGGACUCUUAGCUGUUGGAACUUUAGUUGUCAGAUCAAAGAUUUCUAGUGCCUCCUGUGGGCCGAAGUUGAGUCAUAAGUCAUCAUCACAGCUUUCGCAGGGCAAAGACAAAGAUGGGAAGAGAUCACAGCCAAAAUUUGAUUUCAGAGAAUUCUGGAAAUUCCUGUGGCCUGAUAUUUGGCUUUUACUAUUAGCAAGCUUGAGUGCUUUUGCAGUUGCCAUGGUGAACAUUGAAUUACCGAUGUUGCUUGGGAACCUUGUAAAUGCUGUCUCUAGUUUAACAAGUUGCAAUCUAAACACAGACAUAUUUCAAGUAUUAAGAGAACCUGCAAUGAAAUUGAUAUCACUUUAUGGGGCUCAGUCAGUCCUUACAUUUGCUUAUAUCUCAUUUCUUUCUUGUUUGGGUGAGAGACUUGCAGAGCGAAUGCGCAAUGCUUUAUUUGCAUCAUUGAUACGACAAGACAUUGCUUUCUUUGAUGAUCAUAAAACAGGAGAGCUAGUCAACAGGUUGACCAGUGACAUUCAAGAUUUCAAGAGUGCAUUUAAGCAGAUUAUUUCCCAAGGUCUGCGCAGUACAACUCAGACUGUCGGCUGUGUGGUAUCACUUUAUAUGAUUUCACCCAAACUGACAGGUGUAAUGAUGGUCAUCUUACCAGUUGUCAUUAUUGGUGGUACUUUGUUUGGCUCCCUAUUAAGGAGGCUCUCCAAGGCUGCUCAAGAACAGGCUGCUAAGGCAACUGCAGUUGCUGAUGAGGCACUUGGAAAUGUGCGAACUGUGAGGGCAUUUGCUAUGGAAGAUAAAGAAACUAACUUGUAUCAAGAUGAAGUGUCUAAAUCCAAGGCACUGAAUGAGAUGUUAGGUGUUGGAGUUGGGUUGUUCCAAGGUUUGUCAAAUCUAGCCAUUAACGGCUUGGCACUGGUAGUGUUGUAUUAUGGUGGAUCACUUCUUGCUGCCAAAGAAAUGGAACCUGGAGACUUGAUGAGCUUCCUGGUGGCUACACAGACUAUACAAAGGUCUUUAGGUCACAUAUCUCUCCUGUUUGGCCAAAUUGUGCGUGGCAUGAGCUCAGGAGCAAGGGUGUUUGAGUACCUAGCAAUCGAACCCACCAUACCAGUUACAGGUGGUAAACAAGUCCCCCUGGAGAACAUAUGUGGAGAAGUUAGCUUCAAGGAUGUUACUUUUGUGUAUCCUACACGACCCAUGCAAACUGUUCUUAAAGACUUUUCCCUGUCAGUGCCAGCUGGUAAGAUGGUUGCUUUGUGUGGAAGUAGUGGAGCUGGCAAGUCAACUGUAGCAGCCCUGUUGGAGCGUUUUUAUGAUCUGAAGAGUGGAAGCAUUUUUCUUGAUGGUCAUGACAUAACUUCCUUGGAUCCCACAUGGCUGAGGGGACAUGUGAUUGGAUUUAUUCACCAGGAGCCUGUGCUGUUUGCCACUUCAGUUUUAGAGAACAUACGUUAUGGCCGCCCAGAAGCAACAGAUGAUGAGGUUUUAGCAGCAGCUCAGCAAGCAAAUGCUGAUGGCUUCAUUAGAGAUUUUCCUGAGGGAUACCAAACUGUCCUUGGAGAGAGAGGUGUUACUGUGUCAGGAGGACAGAAACAAAGGAUUGCAAUUGCCAGGGCACUUCUAAAGAACCCAGCCAUUCUCAUCCUAGAUGAAGCAACAAGUGCCUUAGAUGCAGAAUCUGAACGUGUUGUACAAGAAGCUUUGGACAAAGUUACUAAAGGACGCACUGUGAUAGUUAUUGCUCAUAGGCUCAGUACCAUACAGAAUGCUGAUAUGAUUGUGGUUCUUUCCCAUGGUAACAUUCGCGAGGUGGGAACUCAUCAAGAAUUAAUGGCCAGAGAUGGACUUUAUGCAGACCUUGUACGGCAGCAAAUUCAAGAACAGGAUUAACUUAGCAUGUGCCCCAAUAGAUGUUGAAGUACAAGAGCAGAGACCAUGAGAUGUCAUCUAUCUGAGCAGUGUUAAUCACACUUCAGUGCCCUAAAAACCACAUGUUAGAUCCAUUUGAUAAAUUCCUGUGUCACCUUAAGGAUUAGCUUGAGUUAACUUGUUUCACACCAUCCAGUAGAUUUCAUUUGAAGACAUCUUGUUUGUGACUUUUUACAUUUCAUUAAGGGGCUGAGUUUCUAGAGAAACUGUGGUGCUGCAUCAGUGGGGGGUGUUACAAGAUAAUUUGGUGCUAUCACUUGAGUUGAUAAUGUAAGUCAGCCACAGUAAAGAGGUUGUAACACUUGCAAUCUGAGUGUUAGCCCUCUUUCAAAGAGAAUAUCAUAACUACUUGUAAUCAAAUGUACUGUGUGGUAGUUUAGCUUCUCAGAUACAUACGUGCAGAGUUAAAGCAACUGAUAUGACGUAGGAUUCCACUCCAUUUUGACUGGGUGAAGAAAUCAAUUCAACUCAAAAUGAGCCUUUGGGAAGAGAGGGUGGACUCCACCCUAGAUCAGCUAUGAUGCUCUUUGUCCCAGAAAGUGGUAUUGCCAUCAAUGUAGCCUACAGUGCAGGUGUCUCAUUAGGGCAAGUUAAUAUUAAGAAGCUGGCAACCUUUUACUCAUGUUUGGUCUGAAGUUAGAGUCAACUGUGGGGAGAGGAGUGGGGAAGGGGAAAAAAAUUCAUUGCUCUAACCCCUCCCCUCUCUUUUUUGAUCAAGGCAAACCCCCAUUGGUACAGAUUUCUUUCUCUCCCAACUCUUCCACUGCUGUAAAAAUCAUAGAUGGCAGCUAUAAUUUUCCACUAAGAUAAUAUUGAGCACUCACCCACCAAAAUUUUGCCUGCUCUGCAGGCUGCUAUCAAAGUUAAAGAUCAAACUCUCCUGUAAGAGGGUUAAAUAGAUCUCAAAGGGUACUGUUGUAGUGUGAGUGGUUAGAAAGGAAAUCAUAGGGACAACAGUUAAAGCUGUGACAUUUUUGGUGAUCAAUGGUGGUAUUUGAUUAGCCCCUGUGCUGCAAUAGGAUUUUGUAAAAAUUUCACUGUCUUCCCUUUGAUACUUUGGUCAUAUCUCUAAUAUCCUGACCAAUUCAUUGUUCCUCGUUACAAUUAAUUAAAGUACAAUAACUGUAGCAACCUUCUGGACAUUGGAUAAUGAUUUUAUUUAAGUGAAUAAUGAAACUACAACGUGAAGUCUUCUAUACAAAUUGAUUGAAGAGAAACAAAAAAGUAAUCUCAUUAAACAAAAGUUUGGCACUUCUUACUCGUAAUACAUGACCCCAAGUUAUGGUAGAAAAUAACAUGUAGACUUGACACUGGGAGCCAAGAAAAGAAAUCAGUACUAUCUCAUGAACGCCUUGGAUGUUUCCCAUCUUCAAACAAAAUUCUGUUUACCCUUUAACCUCCAUGAGUGAUCGGCAUGUAAUUUUGAACCAUACAUUAAAUCAGGCCACCAGAAUAAAGGAUAUGAUCAACAU